GGCAUAAUGUUGCAGAAUAUUAUUUGUAUAUUCCUAAUGUUGAGUGCCUUGACUUUCUUAUCUGAUGCAACUACACUUCCUCCAUCUAAUGAGACCAAUGUAUUAAAUUCAAUAAGUUCUCAGUUGUCCGAAAUAAGAGCUGAACAGGGACAGGAACUUAAGAUUCUUCUAUCGGACAUGCAGUUUAUAAAAACGGAACUAUCGGAUAAUCAAUGUAGAGCAGAGACCGAAAAACAGGAAACAGAUAUAAUUGAUAGGGAAAAAGAAAUUCGAUCACUGAAAGCGGAUAUACAACUAUUUAGAACGGACAUACAAACUCUGAGAACGGACUUCGACCUACAAAAAAAAGAUUUAAUUAAUAAGGAAGCGAAUAUUCUGACUUUACAAGCAGAGUUGGAAAACCAAAAGAAAAUUGUACUUGACAAGGAGUCUAAUAUCCAAUUGCUUCAAAAUAUAAUUGAACAUCUUAGAACGGAGGAGGAGCGUCAGAGAAAGUUACUUCUCCCACACAAUUGUGCAGAAGCCAAGUCUAGUGGGAUUAAUGAAAUAAUUCUCCCCAAAUUUAGUAGUCAACCUUUUAAAGUUGCCUGCGAUGCGGAAACCCAAGGAGGAGGUUGGACCAUUAUCCUGAGAAGGAUGGAUGGCAGUGUUAGCUUUUAUAGAAGCUGGACGGAAUAUAAAAAUGGAUUUGGUGAUCUGAAUGGCGAGUUCUUCAUGGGUUUAGACAAGAUACAUGAAAUAACGGCAGAAAGAAAUCAAGAGUUACUUGUUCUCCUCGAGGACUUUGAAGGCGAUAAGAAAUUUGAGAAGUACGAUGUAUUCGCAAUUGGAAACGAGGAUCAACAAUAUGAAUUACACACUUUGGGAGAUGCCAGUGGAACUGCAGGUGAUUCAUUUAAAUGGCAUCGUGGCAGUAAAUUUUCUACAUUCGAUCGGGAUAAUGAUGGUCUAUCGUAUAUAGACUGCGCCCAACUAAAGGCUGGCGCCUGGUGGUACAUUUCCGACGGUUUUUGUCAAUUCUGCCAAUUGACGGGAAUAUACGGAAACAACGAUUUUGAAAAUGGCGUCAAUUGGCACAACUUUCGCGGAUCUGAGUACUCCCUGAAGAAGGCCGUUAUGAUGAUUCGGCCCAGAAAGUGUAUUCCUGAGUCUUAAAGGCAGUUUCUUUAUUAUAUGCAUAUUUUUCUAGAGAAUUUAAAUAAAAACCAUUGUAAUUCUCUGUA